CUGCAGCUUCGCUUUAGCCUUUUCACCUCCACAGCCGGAGCCUCACCGCCACCGAUCUCUCCAUCUCCGCCGGCGAAUAACCAGAGAGCUUCGCUUGACCGAUCUUCAAUCCUCCAGCUCUUCCCAAAAGGUUCAGGUUGGAGUUGUAUUGGACGAAGCGUUAGCAAUGUCCGAAGAGACCGAGGCGGCGGCUACUCAAAUGGAGGAGACUUCGAAACCGCGGAAGCGCGGAGGCGAUAGCAAUGGAGAUCUCGCGGUGGAGAAUGGAAGCUCGGGCGAUGCUCAUGAUCAGCUUGUGCAGAUGGUGACGGAGCUCAAAUUCCAGAACGAAUUCCUCAAAUCCCAAAUUGAAGGAUUUCAGAGCUUGAAGCAAGAGGAACCGAGUGUGGAGGAAGGCGGCGGCGGCGGCGGUGGUGAUUCCGAAGAGGUUGAGCAGCUCCGGCGGAGUGUUGAGUCGUUGAGUGCUCAGCUUGAGGAAGAGAAGCAAACACGAGCUGCGGCUGAAGUGGCUCUGAAGCACUUGAGAGAAGAACACUUGGAAGCUGAUUCGAGAGCGCAGGACCUCGCUGCAAAGCUAGCCGAAGCUCAACAGAAAUUGGAUCAAGAAAUUAAAGAGCGUGAGGAGAAGUACUCUGAUCUCGACUCGAAGUUCACCAGGCUUCACAAACGAGCAAAGCAGCGUAUUCAAGAUGUUCAGAAGGAGAAAGAUGACCUUGAGGCUCGAUUUCGCGAAGUAAAUGAAAGAGCUGAACGAGCAUUAUCCCAACAGACAGCAUUGCAGCAAGAGCUUGACAAAACCAGGCAACAAGCAAACGACGCACUGAAAGCCAUUGAUGCUGAGAGGCAACAAUUAAGAAGUGCAAACAAUAAACUAAGAGACAACCUGGAGGAAUUGCGAAAUUCGUUGCAACCAAAAGAGAGUGCUAUCGAGGCACUACAACAUACAAUUUCGGAGAAGGAUCAGAUGUUGGAUGAUAUGCGAGGUUUGCUUCAGGCUGCUGAAGAAAAAAGACAAGCUUCAAUAGCUGAACUCUCUGCUAAACACCAGAAGAAUUUGGAGAGUUUGGAAGCACAACUUGCUGAUGUGUCAUCCGAGAGAAAUAAAGCAACUGAAACUAUUUCUUCACUGCAGAUGCUAGUUGCUGAGAAAGAGUCGAAGAUUGCAGAGAUGGAAGCAGCAUCCACGGGUGAGGCAGUAAGGCUUAGAGCUGCUGCAGAAUCUAUAAAAGGAGAGCUUGCUCACCUGAAACAUGAGCAUGAGAAAGAAAAGGAGAGCUGGGAAGCUGCCUCUAGGGGACUGAAAACGAAGCUGGAAGUUGCUGAGAGCAAUCGGAUAUGUGCUGAAAUUGAAGUAGCCAAAAUGAGAAGUCAGCUGGAAUCGGAGGUAUCUGCACAAACCCGAAUGCUUGAUGCAAGAGAUGCUGAACUUGCAACUGCCAAGGAGGAGAUCAACUGCCUUAAAAGUGAAUUUUCUUCUUACAAAGUACGUGCUCAUGCACUUCUCCAAAAGAAGGAUGCAGAUCUAGCUGCAGCUAAAGACUCUGAGCAAGUUACAGCUCUUGAGGAAGCACUAAAAGAGGCUGAAAAAGAAGUUUCGUCUCUGAGUGCUGAAAGAGAUAAGGCUCUCCAGGAUCUUCAGGAUGCCUUGACUAAUUAUAAUAAAGAACUUGCAGAAAGAGAUGCAGCUCUUAACAGUACCAUGGAGGAGAUCAAAAGCUUAGAAAAAAAGCUUGAGUCUACUAAUGCCCAUCACCGAUCUGCCAUACAAGCAUGGGAAGUUAACCUUACUAAUUUGGAAGAAACAUGGCGCGCAAGAUGUGAAACAUUAAGAGCUCAAAGUGAAGCAUCUUCUGGAGACGACAUAAAAAAAGAAUUGGAAGACCUCAAAUUACGGUAUAAAAAAUUGAAGGAAGAGCACAGUUCAUUUCGGGACCUUGCUGAUAGAAUGACGGAGGAAAAGGACAGAGAAAUUUCUAGACUUGUAGAUGAAAAUAAGAAUCUUCAUCAAUCUUUGGAGUCAAGACCACAGGUUGAUCGUAAUGAUAAUUAUAACACAGGCAUGUAUAAACAGGAUGCACCAAAUUUAAGCACCUCAGCUUUAGAACAGCAGAUUCUGAUUUUGGCAAGGCAACAAGCGCAAAGAGAGGAAGAGCUCGCACAGUCACAGAGGCACAUUUUAGCGCUUCAAGAGGAAAUUGAGGAGCUGGAGCGUGAAAAUCGUCUGCAUAGCCAACAGGAAACGAUGUUGAAGACUGAGCUUCGCAACAUGGAAAGAUCACAGAAGAGGGAAGGAGUAGAUAUGACUUACUUGAAAAAUGUUAUCUUAAAGCUUCUUGAAACAGGUGAAGUGGAGGCUUUAUUACCUGUAGUUGGUAUGCUCCUUCAAUUUAGUCCGGAAGAGAUCCAGAAGUGUCAACAAGCAUACCGCGCAUCUGCAGAUGUCCCUCCUAGCCCAGCAAGUGAUGCUUCAGGAUCUGCCACCUCUCUUUUCUCAAGAUUCUCAUUCACUUGACGGCAGAAUGAAAUUUCGUAGACAAUUCUUUGCACUAAAAACUGGCUGCUACAGCUGCUUGUCUCCACACAAAAGAUGGAGGGGUGCUAUCACGGUAAAUCUUGAAUUCUUUUAGUAAAAAUGAACCUUUCAUACUCCACAUCGUCCAGAAAAUGUAAAGUACAACAACACGACUCAGUCACGAAGAGACAGAGAAUGAUAACAUUCAUUCCGGGCAUCGUCGGUCAACCCAUGAUUUAUUGUAGAGUGUAACAAUAGAAAAGGGCAUGAAGUGCGUAUUGAGGGCAUUGUUUUAUUUGACAUCUGAUUGAAUAGUACAGUUUAAACAGUCAGAUGAGCCUCAGCAGUUUUACCUCUUGUAGACGUUGCUAUUUAUAUGCAUGAAUCAAUUUUGUGACCGUCGGUUUCAGUUUGCAGGAGGGCGAUGAAUUGAUUACAGGUCCUUGACUACAAUG